GUUCCAGUUUUUUUUGGCUCCCCCUAGUCGACUAUUGCGUAUUUAGUUCCCACUCUGCUGGCGCAUCAGCAGCGAGAGAACGUCUUUUACCAUUCUAAAAAGGGCUCCGCCUUGCCACUCCGUCUGGCGCCAAAAAAAUCAACGACGGAAACGGCUCUUCUGCGCACCCAAGGACUCCCCCAGUGGGACCCGUUGCUAGACCCAGCUGGCGCUGUCCAGGAAGCUGUGGUUGCUAUCUACUACCAUUCACCGGAAAGCAUUUUUGUCGCGGCGCCUUUCUUUAUUAUCCCCUCCACUGCGUCGCGCGCGACUGUUCUUAUCAUCUUCAUCACGGUUGCCCGUGUUUCUUCUCUGCUGGCAGCUGCGCAUUAGCAGCACCGCAGAACGCCGCCAUGGCCCUGAGUUUCUUUGGCAGUGGUGCCAGCCAUGCCAAGUACUUCGACAUCAGGCUGGAUGAUCCCUACAUUGUUUUUCGCGGGGGUGAAGAUGAAGCCGCCAGCGCUCAUCUCUGCGGAACAGUGGUCCUCUGUAUCACAGAACCUCUGACAAUUAAACAUUUGAAGCUACACUUGACGGGCAUGUCUCGCAUCUGUUGGCAAGUUCCCUCGAGCUCCGCGGGUGCUAGGAAACCAUGGAGGGAACGCGCGUUCUACGAAAAGACAUGGACAUUCCGGGAGGCGCCCAAGGGCAAGACUGAGAUCCUUCCGGCAGACAACUACGAAUUUCCGUUCGAUGUCGUUCUCGAGGGCUCUUUGCCUGAGAGCAUUGAGGGUCUGAGUGACACCUGGAUUGCCUACCGAUUCAAGGCCGAGAUCGGACGGAAAUACGCCAAGGACAUAGUAGUCAGGAAACCGCUCAGGAUUAUCCGGACGCUGGAUCCCAGUGCUCUCGAGCUGUCUCAUGUGAUGUCCGUCGAGAAUGUGUGGCCCAACAAGAUCGAAUACUCGAUUAGCACUCCCAGCAAAGCUGUCAUCUUUGGUACAUCAUUGAGGGUAGACUUCAAGUUGAUACCGCUUUUGAAAGGCCUUAAAAUCGGACAGAUCACCUCUCAGCUAAUAGAGAGUCAUGAUCUGACGCUCAAUCCCGAGGAUCCUGACGCGAUCCGGAACACUUAUAAGACGUCAAGGACCAUCAUCUCUGACAACUACGAGCUGGAAGAAGGGGCCGAAUUGGAUAUCAUCGACGAGGAAGCCGAAGGCUAUCAAUUCUCUCGCUAUCUGGACCUGCCCAAGACCUUGUCCAAGUGUCUCCAGGAUGCGGACGCCAAGGGCAUCAAGAUCAGACACAAGUUGAAGUUCAGAGUCCAACUCCACAACCCCGAUGGCCAUACUAGUGAGCUACGUGCAACUCUGCCCGUAUCCGUCUUCAUCUCUCCAAACCUCGCGAUUGACGAGAACAACAACCUCGUUGACCAGACCCCCCAGUCCGCCCAGCGCGCAGUGGACGAUCUUGCCCAGCAAGCACCUCCGCUGUACGGAGAGCACCAGUUCGAUCAGCUCUACAGUUCCCUCGACAUCAGCGGCUACCGGACACCUGGAGCCGUGAGCGGCCCGGGCACCCCAUUCGGGACCCUCAGCCGGAACCUGUCCACCGAAAACUUGGCUUCGAUGACAGCCCUGACCAGCGCCGACAUCUCAGCGCAAGCCUUGCACAGUCGAUUGACAAGGCUUCAUGCCAGCGCGACCGGUCAUCCCCCUGACGCCAGCAGCAACGAUAAUACCUCGGAAGUCGAUGCGGGGAACCGCCGUCCCGCCGGCCCUCCGGAUUACUUUAAUCUCCACCCACCGCACUCCAACUCGCAGAGUCCGGGCAGCGCGGAGCACCGCUUGUCCGAUGAGGUCGACCAUGAUCACAUCCCCUCGGGAAUGGCGACGCCUUACCCCCAGUACCUGGAAGUUGAGAAUCUCAGUCGUGUUCCUAGCUACUCCACCGCGGUCCGCACGGCCGUGAGAACGCCCUACGCCUCCGAUCUUCCAGACUACGAAUCGGCGGUUGCAGGAGAUCUUGUCACCCCGCCCCCGUCGUCUCCCCAGCAGGUUCAUCUGAGAGGCGGUCGCGGACACUCGCAUUUCUCAUUCGCAGAUGCGUAUCACCGUUCCUCUUUCUUCCACAGCCGCAGUUCGAGUCAUGGUGCCUCGGAAGAGGAGGAGCGCAGAGUACGAAUGGUUCAAGCUCGAGCUCGAGGCUGAUGACACCAUAGCCGUAAUAGCUCUGCGUUGAGAUCGCCGAUGUCCGACGUUCC